AUGACCGCGACAGAACCUCCCCAAGAAGCAACCCCAACGCCAGAACCUCCCCUCACCACCACUCCCUACAAACCCCCCCGCGUGGCCAAACCCACCCCCCAGCCCGACGACACCUCAACCCAGCUCGCCCUCAUCGCCGCCUCCCACCGCACCCCCUUCGAGAAGCGCGUCUGGACGGCCCUCUGCGCCAUCCCCCGCGGCCAGUUCACCACCUACGCCCUCCUCUCCGCGCACCUGGGCACGUCCCCCAGGGCCGUGGGCAACGCGCUGCGGCGCAACCCGUUCGCCCCCGGCGUGCCCUGCCACCGCGUCGUGGCGACGGGGGGCACGCUGGGCGGGUUCAAGGGCAAGUGGCCGCGGAGCGGCGAGGGCAUCACGCUGGACGAGAAGAGGCGGCUGCUGAGGGGGGAGGGGGUGCGGUUUGAUGGGGGCGGGAGGGUGAUGGGGACGCCGUGGGCUUUUCAGAGUUGA